AUGAGCACCCUCCAACAACCCACAAUGUUGGGCCUCCCAAGCGAACUGCUUACCGAAAUCUUCCGUCAUGCUGUUCAGCUUCCUAACUGGGAUUCUAACGCAAGGUCCGCCUUCGCAAGCUACGAUCUCAAAAUCUGCCGCAGGCUAUCCUCCGUGUGCAAGCGAUUCUACAGCACUUCUUUAAAAUUCAAUUAUCAGACUAUCCGCCUCGGCCCACGAAAUGAUACUUGGAGAAGGCCGCCUACAAUUGCCUCGGUUACUCACCUUCACAAUAUUAUGCAGGCGAACUCGGUGAUUCCUGGAUACUGUCAAAACCUGUCCAUCUACGCGGGAUUUCCAAGCGACGGCUCGUCUGAAGCCCUCACCUACUUUGCACAUAACGUAGUCCCGCUCCUGACGGAAGUCGAUACCCUGGGUUUCAACGGGCCCCUCUCGGCCAUUUCUAGCGACCCAUCAUGGCUUGUUCUUCAACAAGCCGCCCGGCAUAUGCCCAAGCUAGCCCACCUGGAGCUUAUUAGUUAUAUAAACGACCUUGAGAUAACCCCGCUUGUCACCCAAGUCGAGUUCGGGGCAUUGCAAACUCUCCGCCUUUCCGGCGCUUCUGGCGAACGUGAAAGCUUGCAAAGACCAGAAAUAAAGAAGGCGACCUUCGACCAACUGUUUCUCCUUGAUCUUAAAGUAAAAGCAGACCAGCUGAAUCUUCUCAUCCACUGGCCCUCAGUGUUGACGACUUUUGUGUUCGAUGAGUAUAAACACUCAGAGCGUUGGGGCAGAGUGCUAGCUUUACCUGAGAUACUACAAAUGCUGCGCAAGCAUAAAGAAACCCUCAAGGUCGUAAAGAUAUGCUCCCUGGGUGCCAGAGUCCCCAUCGAAGAUUCAUUGGAUACGUCCGACUUCACGGCCCUUGAAGAGCUCACAGUGUCAAGGUGGCAUUUCGGAGAUACCGAUCCUAUAUUCCAUGAGACUGACGUGGAUUUGGUCGCUGCUCCGAAGUUCAAAAGACUCAACUAUGAUGCGCGUCGCGACAUGUAUCGGCAGAGACACGGCCAGCUCAGGGAAGAUGACGAAACAUGGAUACGACGGCUUAUCCAGGGUGCACUCGCCAGAAACCUUUCCCUGCAGCAGUUCGAAGUCGUCGCCCAACAAAACAUCCCAGCAGCCUUCACUGAUCCCGUGUACCCUUGGGACAGAAUAAGGCGACUUGAGGAAGAGUUCAAACCUCGUGGAGUAGGGGUCAUAUCCAACCCGCCUGUCGUCACGAAAUCGGAAUGGAAGGCGUUCCACGAUGUGAUGAAUGAUUCGGACGAUUCAAUCGAGUGGCAGACUUGA